AUGCGAGAACCAAGAGAUCCGUUGCUGAAAGGAUCAGCUCGACGGUUUAAUGACCAGCUAUUUUUAAAUCCCAAGGUACGAGACGAUUCACAAAGUUUUGUUAGACUAUCAGACCAGCCAAAGCUUGACCUAGUUCUCAUCGAAAGCCGGUUGUUGCCAACUAGCUCCCAACAAUCCCAUAUUCUUGCUGUAACCAUUCAAUCGGUAGUAGCGACGGGCGGUGUGAAUUCCUCGUUGAUGAGCAAUAGUUACAGAGCUCAAUCCCCAGCACGACAUAGUUUCAAAAGAUUACCCAAGCUUCUCAGCCAAGGUUAUAGACUCGUUGACUAUGUCAGUGUAGCGCGCGUGCGGCCCAGAACAUCUAAGGGCAUCACAGACCUGUUAUUGCCUAACUUCAUCCUGCUUAGCGCAGGUAGUUUCUCUAAGAAGACAGAAAAGCCGAAGCUUAACCCAACUAAAAAGUUGGUCUGUCUAUUUAGUAAAAUAAGGUCUCGUUCGUUAUCGGAAUUAACCAGACAAAUCACUCCACGAACUAAGAACGGCCAUGCACCACCACCCAUAAAAUCUAGAAAGAGCUUUCAAUCUGUCAAUCCUUCUUAUGUCUGGACCUGGUGA